GCCGCGGCCAUCAUUGAUUAGGUCUGCGAAGCCGUUCGCCGAAGAAAGUUCCUAACUCGAAAACAUUUCCGGGUUCAAGAUGGACGCUCGAACUGUUUAGUGAGACUUCCUCCAACCUCAUCGUUUCUCUCUGGUUUUUUUAACCUGGAUGUGACGUCUUAAAGGACCCGACGGAAAUAGAACGUCAGGCGUUCUAAAAUGGCGAACCGUACGGUAAAAGAUGCGCACAGCAUCCACGGCACCAACCCUCAGUAUCUGGUGGAGAAAAUCAUUCGGACGCGAAUUUAUGAGUCCAAAUACUGGAAAGAGGAGUGCUUUGGACUUACAGCUGAACUUGUAGUCGAUAAAGCUAUGGAGUUAAGAUUUGUGGGUGGUGUCUACGGUGGCAACAUAAAGCCAACUCCUUUUUUGUGUUUAACCUUGAAGAUGCUUCAGAUUCAACCCGAGAAGGAUAUCAUUGUAGAGUUUAUAAAAAAUGAAGAUUUCAAGUAUGUCCGCAUGCUGGGAGCACUUUACAUGAGGUUGACAGGUACUGCAAUUGAUUGCUACAAGUACUUGGAGCCUCUAUACAAUGACUAUCGAAAAAUCAAGAGUCAGAACCGAAAUGGAGAGUUUGAGCUGAUGCAUGUAGAUGAAUUUAUUGAUGAGCUACUGCACAGUGAGAGAGUCUGUGAUAUCAUUCUUCCCCGGCUACAGAAACGCUAUGUGCUAGAGGAAGCUGAACAGCUGGAGCCUCGGGUUAGUGCUCUGGAAGAAGACAUGGAUGACGUGGAGUCCAGUGAAGAGGAGGAAGAAGAGGAUGAGAAGUUGGAAAGAGUGCCAUCACCUGAUCAUCGCCGGAGAAGCUACCGAGACUUGGACAAACCCCGUCGCUCUCCCACACUACGCUAUCGGAGGAGUAGGAGUCGGUCUCCCAGAAGGCGGAGUCGGUCUCCCAAGAGGAGGAGCCCCUCCCCUCGCAGAGAACGGCAUCGGAGCAAGAGUCCAAGACGUCAUCGCAGCAGGUCCCGAGAUAGACGGCACAGAUCCCGCUCCAAGUCCCCAGGUCAUCACCGUAGUCACAGACACAGGAGCCACUCAAAAUCUCCUGAAAGGUCUAAGAAAAGCCACAAGAAGAGCCGGAGAGGGAAUGAGUAAUGGACUCAGUUUGGUUUUAAUACAAGUGGCCUUCUGUGGAGAUGAAGGCAUCUGUCUACGUGAAAGAAAGAUCUACUCAGUCCCAGGCAGCUAUGAGAGUAUUUUAGAGUUUUUUUAAACCAAGUUUUCUUCACUUUUUUUUAACAUGAAAGAGGUGCUGAGUUUUGUAUCUCUUUAUGAAUUGUACAUAAUCCACACAUUUGAAAGAUAAUGCAUCCUGAACUGAGAGCUGCUUUUGGCUUCUUUGUACAAUCAAACUUGUUUGUACUCAAAUUUAUGAGGGUAGAAUGGAUUCAAAUAGAGUGUAUGAAACAAGGGGAGGAUGUGGCCACCUUGUUAUUUUUGUUAUUAAACUUGACACACCCAUUUCCUGUUUUUCUGUGGUUUUAGUUUUGGUUUACACUGAGAUUUGAACUGUUUUGAGAAUUCUGAGAUAUGUGCUGCUGUUCCAUUAAAAAAACCAAGUCGGUAAAAUAUUUUAGCUCCAGGUUUUUCUUCCAGCAGCAGCAAAUGGUAAUAAACAUGAAAACUGACCUGUUAUCAGCAGCUUUAUAAGAAUGAAUUCAGUUGUAAGGCUUUUUCUGGAUCAUUUAAUCCAGUUGCAUUAAACGUUCAACAAACAGUAAAACUUGACACCUAUUACAUAGCAUUAUUGUAUAGUGUUUCUUCUUCCCUACAGCCUUGAAUUCCAAAUUAAGGUGCUCAGCACCUUUAUGCUAUGAGCAUUGAUAUUAUCAAGACUAGCAGUAGCAGUAGGGCAACCAGGAUGAAAACGUUCAAUGGAGAGAAAAAAUAUCUAAUGCCACUCAAGGUUUUAACCUGAGUUACCGGACAACAGCACCAUUCACAAAACCAGAAAAUACAGCAGGAAGAAACCAGGUUUUAGAGGAUUGUGUUAGUAGGGAGAAAAAAAUGCAUUCAGCUUAACUUGAAGUUUACUUUGAGACAGCCAUGGUAUAUCUAGAUAAAGCCCAGACAUUAUAAAUAAGAACUGGAGUUGAGCUAGUGAUCUAACCCUGAAUUGACAAUGUUUGGGUAAUUGUAGGUGUAGAAUUGAAUGGAAUGCCUAGGGAGCGUACAUUUGUAAGGAAAACUAGUAGAAUCAUAAGCAACACUCACUCUGUUGAGGAAGAAGGGCAAACACUGACUGAAAAUUGAAAUAUUGAAUCAUUUCAGAAAGGUAGAGGAAAUGGGAGAGAUGGAAGGACGCUAAGGACAAAGAAGCAAAAUAAGGAUUAAAUAGUGCCCAUGGAUACUGAUAAUCAAGAGGGUGUUGGAUCUUUGAUAGAGGAGUUCUGUCUACCUGUACUUACUUUCCUCCUUUAAAAUGGAAAAACAUAAUUGAUAUUUCCUGCAGCUCUGCCCCUGGCAACAAUUAUGAAGACCAACUGCCUCACAGGAUCCAGUUUCUUAGAAACUCAUAUCUAAUCAUAGGCUAAACAUCCUAUUGAUUGUUGAACUUAAGGACUUUAGCAUCAAUAUUAAAGUGUUUGGGGAUCAUAUUUGAGAUUUCAUGUUCUUCAAUAAUUGCUCUCCUGAUAAUAUUUGAGCUAAUAAAAUCAUGAGUUAUUAUGGCUCAUCAUACAACUUAUAUAUAGGACUGUCUUUAAAAAUUAAAUGUAAUCGCCUCUAUUUGUAUCUGUUAUAUAGAGUCCUAGCAGAAAUGAAAAAAAAAGUGUAUUCUGGCUGAAUGACCUAUGGACCAACCAAGUUAUCAUCCAGUAUAUUAGUUUUAAAAGUAUAAAAAUGUAGAAAUCCAACCUAAACCCCAGUAAUAUUUAAUACCAAAAAUAAACCUUCCCAAGUGUAAACUGCAAACUGACAUGUCAAACCUCUCUCUCUGGAGAUCCCUUUGAUAAACUACAGAAUUGUAGAGCAGAUGACUUCAGGACGAACCUUGCUGAAGGACCAUUUCUGUCAUCUGUGUGCUAGCCUACUGCAUGAGUGAGGCCUUGGAACUGAAGGUUUACAACUUUCUUUGGCCUGUAUUUAGAGACAUAUUUUUCAUUUUAUCUCUAUACUUAUACAUAUUCUGCACUAAAACAUUUCAAGAAAAUAUUCUGUAUGCAAAAUACAUUCUGAUAUUUCUAUGCAUUAUCAGUUUUACCGUUGGGUGUACAACCACUAAAUUGUUUAUACUCCCCACAAUUUGAAUUAUACUGCUUUAAAAGGUUUGCCAUUGGGCAUGAUGACCUUUUAAUACUAAAGAAUUAAAGGAUAUGUAUUCUCAGGAGCAAAGGAAACAAUAGAUUUGGUGAGAGGCUUCCAGUGUAACAACCCAACUUAAAGUUCAUUCCUCUAGCCUCUCCAUUAUUUUUGGCAGAUCUAAAUUUAAAUAAGCACUAACCAGAAAAAAAUGCUCACAUGCUGGUCAUUCCUAGCCAAACAAAGGAACAAGUUUCUACAGAUUCAAAAAAGAUAAAAUGAUCUGUUUCUUUUUUAAUGCAAGAAUACAAGUUCAAAGAGAUUAAAAGAUAAGAAGUGGAAAGCAAGCAUGGCAGAGCUUGGAGAAAUGAAGAUUUGUAGUGAAAGCCUUACAAAAUACAAAACAGACAAGGCACAUAGAAAACAGACUGGAGGGAAUAAAAAAUGGAAAAAGCUAUAUAGAUUUCAAGCUAUGUAUAUUAUUUUAUUAUAGAGAUAAUAAGAUAAAGAAACCGUGCCUAUGAUUAACUGAUAUUUCUGAUAAAGGGAAUUGGGCAAAUCAACUUAAAAAAUUCAAAUAGAAGAAAAAUCACCUUGAUUUAAAGAGAAACAGAAUAUGGGAACCCAAGCAGAGAAAUCAAGUCAUGUAUAGUGAGGGAAAGGAUCAAGAUGGCCUCAGGUCUCCACUAAGGCAGUGAAGCAAAAGCCUCCAAAGGUCUAAGGAAAACUGUGCCAGGAACUUUAUACCCAGCCAGGGUUGUCCUUAAAAUAUAAAGGGAAUAGACAUUCUUAAGUAUGCAAGUGCUUAUAAGCAUACAACCACUAGGGGGAAAACUGCCUGAUGUUACCGAACAAGAAAUGAAUCAAAGUAAGGAUUUAGGGAAAAAAGCAGUAAAAGAAAUGGCAGUAAACACUUUAGAAAUUUUAAAUAAAAAUAAUGGGAAAUCGUUAAGACAAAUGAAAUAUUUGAACACUGUACAGAAAUAAUGUAAGCAGGAAGUAGAACUCAAUUUUUUAUGACAAGAGUCAUACAAUCUCUAAAUCAUACAUGAAGCUGGAAAAAAAAAAAAACUCCAGCCUCUUCAAUGUUUUCUAUACUUGUCCUUAAUUUCAGGAGUCCUUAGAACCAGAUUCUCUUGUAGAAAAAAA